AUGCAGCGGUCGUCUAAAAAACGUCCCGAUAUUCGCAACAUCCGCGUUGCUAUUCCAUACUCUCUCCAGCAUGGCGUAGCUCCUAAGUUUACGCCAACAUCAUCAGCCACUGCAAUCACAAGACUCCUGAAGCCUACUCUUCUCAAAAUUCCUCGAGAAGUACGCGAUCAAAUUCUGAACACUCUCCUUAUGAGUCAUGUACUCGGCACUGGAGCUUCACUAUGCAUCGAACUUAAUGGCACCGAUAUACCUACUUCAGAAGAGAUGCCUCGAUACUUCCUUCACAUUUCCAUUCUCUCCGUGUGCAAGCAGCUAUAUGAGGAAGGUUCCAAGGUGCUAUACGAGGGCAAUGAAUUUAUAGUCGACUGUUUGGAAUCGGAAAAUGCACGUCCCAAGCUUGGUGAAGUUUGGUCUUCAGAUCAUGUAUACUUGCAUGAUAACCUGGACGUAUACUCCAUCAGUGACACUUUAGUUGUCAGUCCUGUAACUCGAUUACUAGAGGACAGUCACUUCACGCAUGCCACAUGCAUGGGACUAAGCUCUCGAGUGCUUCAAAGGACUUUUCGACAAUCUCGUUUUCAGCAAAUCAGCCGCAUCAAGAAAUGGAAAGUCCUUGUCCGCUGUGCUUCAGAAAACUAUGGCAUGUACGCGCUAUUACAAUUCUGUCGAGCGGCGUGCGAGAUUCCAGGACUUGAGAUUACUUUUCUGCUCGUUGGGACGGAAAAAAACAAAAACGAACGAAUCGAUUCCAAUAAUGCGCUUAGAACAUGGCACCCGUUGAAGUUACUUCGAAAUGUCGCUGUAGUUGAAUUUCGGGAAGCAACAGGGGACGGAAUACCAGAGUACAUGUUUUAUCACAGAUCGUGGGAAGAUUACCACUGCAAAGGUUUUUUCUCGACGGUAAACUCUCUUGAAAAACAUGUGGCUUUAAUGAAAGGAUCUUUGCCAUUGAAUUCCACGGAGUCCAUCCAUCUACAGUAUGAUAGAUUAUUGGCAUAUGCCCAGGCAUUCGAAUGUAAUCCAGAAUUUAGAGCUGAUCUUGAUUUGCCCCCGGAUAUUAACGCAAAACUUCCACGUUGGGGGAGUCCAAAUAACGUGUUCCGUGCAAAACAUAUUCAUCAGAUCGAGGAAAAACGUCGAUUUUUGCCGCAGAGAAGCCACGAAUUCAUAUAG